UAUUUUUAUAGAGAUUUGAUCCGUACAUGGCUAUAGAAGCAUUAUAAAUGUCACAAUGAAGCUAAAUCUACUACUCAAAUGCAAAUUAUUAGUUCAAAUUUUCCCAGAAACAGAGCAAUGGAUAAGCAUACUAAAGAAGCUAAAUAUAUAGGGGUACGAAGCCGGCCAUGGGGGAAAUUCGCGGCGGAGAUUCGAGAUUCUACGAGGCGAGGAGCACGAAUAUGGCUCGGAACUUUUAGUACGGCUGAAGAAGCAGCAAGAGCUUAUGAUAAAGCUGCAUAUGCAAUGAGAGGUCAAUUAGCCAAACUCAACUUUCCGGACGAAUACCCUUCGAUUAAGAAUGUGUCGACAAGUGGGACUAAUGAUGAUGAACGGAGGAGAGAAGUGAUUGAAUUUGAGUGUUUGGAUGAUACGCUGCUGGAGGAGCUUCUCGAUUUUGAAUACACGAAUCAAGAAUUAAGAAUUAAAGAUUGAAUCAUUAUGAUUUAGCUGUGAAAGCAUGUUCAAGAUGUGUAAUUUUUUUUCCCAA